AUGUCUAUCACUAAAGUUGUUUCUUUAUUAGCUGCUAUUACUGCCAUCGCCAACGCUGAUGGUGACAGAGAAGCCGCCAUGAUUUCCAUGCAAGUUUACAUGAACGAUAUUGGUUCUCACAUGAAAGAAUAUUUGUCCAUGGAAAAAGCUAAUCCAGAACAAUCUAUUCCACCUGGUGUCUUAUCUGCCUAUGCUGCCAAGAUGACUGCCAAGGGUGAUUCUUAUACUUCUUUCUUCUCUGACAUUCCAGACUCUUACAUUCACUACAUGAUUACUGGUGUCCCAUGGUACUCUACUAGAUUGGCUCCAGCUAUCAGUUCAGCUUUAGCUUCUGCCGGUAUUAAAGCCUCCUCUUCUGAUAGCUUCAACGCUACCAAUGUUACCGUUUCUAGCAACGUUUCCAAUUCCACUAACAGUUCUUCAAAGAAUGAUACUUGGAGCAACUCUACCAGUGGUAACUUAAAUAGCACCAACAGUUCUGAUGCUUCCAACUCUACAACUUUAGCCAACGGUUCCAACUCUACCAAUGGCUCUAACUCUUCCACUACUAACACCGAUGGUAAGAAAAAUACUAACGGUGCUAACAGAGCUAUGGUCGGUGCUGGUGCCGCUGCUUUAGCUGCUGUUGCUUAUAUUUUAUAG